AUGUUGAGUAUCCCCCAUCAGGCAAGCAUUUCAGAGUUAAUUCUUGUAUUCUUGAUUGUACCAGAUGGCAGUAAUACGGAGGUUGACCAAGGACUCAAAGAUAAAGUGAUUCAACAGAUUCACCAGGCCUGUAGAGAUGUUGGCUUCUUUUACCUCACUGGCCAUGGGAUUGAACAGUCAACCUUGGAUAAAAUUUUCACCGUUAUGAAGAGCUUUUUUGCUCUGCCACUGGCAACCAAAAAUACCAUAAAUAUUCACAACUGUGAGUUUUAUAGAGGCUAUAUUGAAACAAGUAAGUUCCACUCUAUGCACCAGCCAUUUGACAUAGUUGGACUGAUAAUGGCUGAGCAAUUUAUGCUUAGGUGAUGUUUCAAAUCUUUUGAAAUUAUUGGUGAAGUAGAACCACAUUUUAUAGACAAUGCACUGUGGGUGAUAGUGCCUGUACUUUUAAUGGGGCACUUUUCAGACUUGCCACUCCCCCAAAAGGCAAAAAAUAUGAGAUUCUGAACCGUAAGAGCUGGGAAAAGUUAAAUGAGAAAUGGGUAUAAAGUAGUGAGAUGUCCGAAAUUUCCAAGGGAAAGGACUUCCAGCAGGGAUAAUAGUGGGUAUUGGAAGUCACAUAUCACUUUAAAGCUGGCUAGCAGUGAAAAUCAAGAUCAAUUUUCUGAUUUAGGUUUUGUACUUUCCAUGCACUUUUGUUGGUGGCCAGCUUGAAGCGAGAGACAGUAAGUUUGGGCAUUUGGUGGCGGCAGCAGGUCGCUGUAAGGUGAAAGAAUGUAAUGAAAUGCAACUGCUAAAGUGUUUUCUUUGGACUGAGCUGCAUGGCUAUCUAUUGAUAUCUAACUUGGAAACGAACCUUACAGCUCCAAACAUUUUUUUGAGUUUGACUUAUUUUUUGAGAAAGUGUGAGAAAUCGGUUGCCAACUUGAGAGGACAUGAGAUAGAUUUUGAAAUUGUGAGACAAAGUCAUGAGACUUGGCAGGUCUGAUUUUUAAAAAAAUUGAAAAUUGUUAUUAAUAUCAGCACAAUAAAAAACACUGGAAAAAGUUUAAGGCACUUCUGCCUCACCUUUUGUUUUAGUAUUAUUCUUAACAAAUAAUUUGUUAAUUAUUAUAGCUUGACAAUGCCCACUUUUUUCACUAUAUCUUCAGAAAGAAUUGAUUAUCAGGGAGAAAGUGUUUUUGAGAAAGUUACCAGUAUAGUAAAUUUUUCAGUAAUUUCUCAAUGCACUACGAGUUUAAUGUAAUAUUUAAUUUAUUUUCAUGUUCAAGGAUCAGAAAGAACUCUGAACGUUGUUGAUAUCAGGGAAGGAUUCUAUUUUUACCCAGACAUGGAAAACAACCAGCUUCCAGAUGAGAGGGAGCUGCCUGGUUUUGCUGAUGUUCUUGUAGCAUACUCAAAGCAACUGAAUCAGUUAGGGUAAAGGUUGAACAACUUACACUACAUGUACAUAAAUUGUGUUCGCGCUUUCUCAAUUCAGCGGGCCCGACAAUCUCGGAGCCCAGAACAGGCUAAUGAAUAAUUAGAAUAAUUUUAAUAUAUGUAUGCAGAUAAUCAAUCUUAAAUCUCAUUCUGAAUCAACAGAUUACUGAUGAUGAAAGCUUUAGCAAUUGGGCUUCAACUCCCAGAAAACUUCUUUGAUGAAAAGUUUUCUAAACCCACAUUUAAAACACUGGCCCUCAUGCAUUACCCUCCCCACCCUGCUGAGACAGACUCCUGGGGGGUAGGACCACAUACAGAUUAUGGCAUGUGUACCUUCCUAUUGCAAGGUGAUGUUGGUGGUUUGGAAGUAGAAGUAACAGAUGGAAAAUGGAUUGAAGCAAAGCCCAUACCAGGUACAUAGAAGACACUUUUUAUUUGUCUAGGUUAAUUUUGCCAAGGGGUCUUGUUCAAUUUCUCCUGAGUUUUGGACAAAAUUGCAAUAAAAAUAGUCACAAAAAGGGAGAGCUGCAAAUGUUAUACCAUAUAUUAAUAUACGAAAACAAUAUGCCAAGUUUAUGGCCUGCGAAUGAGGUGGAGAGAAGCAGAGACUAGGAAAUUAUAAGUCUGGCAGCAUUUGCUUGCCUUCUUCGGCUCUUGUUUCAGCAGGUGAAACAAGAGCUGAAAAAGGCCUCUGCUCUUGCAGGCUAGAGUUGAUAAAUUCAAUGUCAUAGUCAAUGUAGAUAAAAUAAGAGUUUCAACUAACUUUCAGGUACAUUUGUGGUGAACCUGGGUGACUGCCUGCAGGCCUGGACCAAAGGACUCUACCGCGCAACACGGCAUCGCGUAAGACGGUCUAUCAACACAGACAGAUACUCAGUUCCAUUCUUCUUUAACCCUAAGGGAGAUUGCUUAAUAGAGCCCAUUGAGACUGACGCAACAAAAAAUCUGACUAUCAUUACAGCGGUCAAGGGUUUGGACAUGCCAUUCCGGUUUGCUGAUCUCAAAAUUUCACUGUUGCAAAAGAGCCAUGAUUGGAGUAAAGAUUCUCCAAGACCUGAGACAAAGUAGUAGAACAUGGAAAACCCAACAAUUGUCUUAUAAAGAAUGCAUGUACUGAGUUAUAUGAUUUUCCUUGAGGGUUACAUACAUCUAUCAAUCUUGUAUCCAGAGGCUGCAGGCAUUUUGGUCAGCAUGAAGAUGCCUAUCUAACAUGUUAUUACUGUGCUGUCAGAUAGCCAAAAAAACUACCAGGCAGUACCCCGUUAACAAUUUGCUAGACAAAGAUUCUUUUGGAUUGAUUAACUCUGCCAAACGUAUUCAUAAGCACUGGCAAAAAUACUUCAAUUUAAACCAUAAUAAAAUUUAAUUAAGCCUAAAACAAAUCAAGAUAAGCUUCCAAAGUCAAAAGAGCAGAUAAUGCAUUUAAGUUGAUGUGGAGGUUAAAAAAAUGUAUCACUACUCUUUAAAGUUCAUCAAACAGUGACGUAGAUGAUGAAGAAGUCAUUAAGACUAGUAAAACACAGAAAAAUAUCUCUUUCUCAAGGUGUCUACCUAGAAUAGAGUUAGUUAUUAAAACAGAGUAUAAAGGCCAACUCUUAGUUUCGGUUUUUAAUUACUAAGGUAUUCUUUCUGAAAAAAAGGCAAUUUAAAGGAUUAAAGAAAGACAGGGACGAAUUCUAAGAAAUUGUUCACCUUAUAGAGAGUCAACUGAAUCGAGUAAAGAAAGGAAGGGACCAACUCUAGGUGUCCAUUUAAGUGAGGUGUCCAUCUUAUAGAGGGUCCACUAAAGGAGUUAAGAAAGGCAUAGACCAAUUAAACUCUAUGUGUUUGUUUUAGAAAGGUGUUAGUCUUAUAGAAUUGUCUGUUACAAGAGAGUUGACUGUAUCAGUUUUCAAGUUUAUUGUUUUG